CAUCAGUCCCCAACCACACUAAACACUGUACAUACCGCCAAGUCAUCCUUGCCUACAUAAGUGCAACAUGUGGGUGUCCCUGUGUGCGAUACUAGUGUUGGGGGCAGAAGGAGUGCUGGCUACAUCUAAGGACACUACACGUAUACGGGAAUAUGCAAUGCCAGACACCAGCCCACUUGAACACGCCACCGACGUAAUACUAAAACCACCACCAUUAAGCUACUACGUCAGACCCAAGGACUGUGCAGACCACCUGCUGGCCGGGGCCACAGUUAGCGGUGUGUACGAGAUUUACCCCUUCAUGUGCACGUGUGGAAACCCGGUGCCGGUGUGGUGUGACAUGGAGACAGACGGCGGCGGCUGGACGGUAUUCCUCAAUCGUCAGCACCAGGACAUCCAGCUUGACUUCAACCGCACGUGGGGCGAUUACAAGGCAGGUUUCGGCAGUCCUUACUCCGAGUACUAUUUGGGCAAUGAUGUGCUGCACCAGAUGACGUACAGCCGUUUUUACAGCAUCCGUAUGGACGUGGCCUUAGCCUCUGGGGGUUACGACUUCGCCACCUACCAGUAUUUUAAAGUAGAUUCUGAGGAGAACAGGUAUUCUGCGUCCUUGACGGGCACCAAACUGGAAGGAACAACCAGCACAAAUUGUCUCGGUCAGAUGAAUAACCGCGCAUUCUCCACACUGGACAGGGAUCACGACAGUGUUAGCUCCAACUGUGCAGCAGUAAGAGGAGGGGCAUGGUGGUCCUACAACUGUCAGUACCUCAACCCCACCGCCCCCUUCAACACGACCCUCAUGAUGACCUGCAGCGGCCCAAAGAGAGCCGUGACCCAGCUCCAGCUGAAGCUCCGUCCAGCUUCCUGUGACACCUCCUUCAAGGCCAUCCAUCUCAAAGACAGGAACUGCGGCUGUGUUGAUCCGGAACGCUAAUAUCUUCACUGCUUGACUUGGAAAGCACAUGAAAACCACGAUAUUUCUCAUGUUACUGCUCAUGAAUCUCGGGUCAAAACGAGCAAGGCUUUCAUCAAGAGUUAUUUCUCAAAAACAUGUACUGAGUCUGUUAAAAGUGUCCGAGAGAUGACCCAGAACUUUUAAACAUAUAGACCAUAAUGAAAGUAGGUAGAAACUUGCACUCGUUUUCAAAAGUGAAGACCUUGAUACUGGAGUCCUUGUUUAACACUUAAAAAACCUUAAUAAUAACGUUUAUUGUGCACAAUAGAUGUUUUUCACCACCAAGACGAGGCAAUAAAGACGUGUGUAUCAUUGAACAAAUCAGGCUCCACAUCUUGAAACAUCAACAGUCACCUCAGAAACACGCGUUUUAAACACAUAUUAGUUAUCAUUACAAGGUCUACUAUCAUUUAAUGCAUUAACACAGUGGUCCUAUAUUGUUGUUUCAUAAAAGUAUGAAUAAU